AUGAGCUCCGACGAAUCUCCUCCCAGCGGUCUUGGCGCGCCCGAGUCUCACGAUGACCUCAAGCCUAUACUUUCACCCAUUCUACCCUCCUCCCCUGCGUCGUCUACCAAGGUCGAUUUCAUCCCGCUUGUUACUGUUGUCGGAUUCCAUCAUGCAAGGGGCCCAGAAGUCGAGAAUUGGUUUGGGGCAGACGAUGAGAGCGAUCCUGCAGCUGAUUAUGGCUGGUCUUUGCUGCCUUUCAUGGCCUUGAGUGAUGGGGCGCACGCAUCCGAAGAGGACUUCUCAUACUUUACGCUGCUUCGCCCAGAGACGGGGACAAAACCCGCUACGUCACUGUUUGGAAUUUCGUGCACCCGACAACUUGAUUCAUCCCAGCUCAUCAAUCGCCCUGCUGAUGUCACGCGAUCCACUGUCCAGAAGGCUGUUGUGGUCAUUGCCGAUAGCCCUCAGUUCUUCGGUAUGCUUCGUGAGCGCUUGAGUAUUGUCACGCAGGCUUGGUUUGCGCAGCGUGAGUUUACCGAUGUUGAGAUUCUCCGCAGAUUCCAGGAGAGCCUGGCAGAUGAGAAAACCAAAGGCAUUCUCAAUGACCAGAUAGACCGAGACCAAUAUCUCGACCCAGAGCUGAAUAGCUACGAGACAAGUCUAUCAAAGCCGACCAGUUUGCGAACUAGUGAUCGCAACUCCCUCCUCUGCUACAUGGGCCUACCACUCCAGAUAUUUGGCAAGGGAAGCUUGUUUGGACCCUAUACCCCCCUGCAACAACUCGAUAUUCUCGCCGACUUUGGCACAAAGUCCUAUAUUGUCGGUAGUACGAACUCACUUCUCCUGCAGCAGAAGGACCGCUACAGUGAUAUCCUCAUCAAUCUGGACGAGGACUCAGUUGUUAUCAACUCUCCGUCACUCAGAAGUGCUUUGACUCUCACCGCUGCUGACCGGAGGUGGAUAGACUAUUUAACUCAUGAGAUCAACGACACGUGGGAUGAAGCCAACCCCAGCAGGCCGAAGACGUUGAAAUACGUUGGGAGCGAGGAGUUUAUUAGGCUCCAGUUCGAAGAGUAUAUUCUCGCUCUCAUCUCUUCCGUCAAAUACCACAACUAUCUUCAUGUGAAUCCAAACAACCCGAAAGCUAUCCUUCCAGAGGUUGAGGGUGAUCCUGUCGCAGACUUUGGAUAUGAGUGGGUAGAGGCGUGGAAGCGCACCGAGAACUACCGCAUGUGGAACGCAAACACUGAUUCCCAUUUGUUCGACAUUGUUGACCCUCGACAUCCUUGUGCAGGAGGCUUGAACAUCGAGGAUGUACAGCGUCGCAUCGCAGAGCAAGUAAAAGAACUGCAUCUGGACGAGCGUUUUGCGCAGGGCAAAGAAGUCCUUGGUCGGAAUCUUGCCGCCGGUCGUGAAAAGGCGUCCUUUGUUCUUAAUAAAUUGUAUGCCGACAUGGAGGCUUUGCGUGAAGCACAACGACGUCGCGCUGAAGAGGCUCGCGCAGCAUCGCCACCGAACGGUUCGAGUCAGCUGGCUGGACAAGACCCUUCAAAAGCCGGACAUCAAGGGCAAUCAGCUGGUGCGCGUGCUGGUGCUUACAUCGGGAGUUGGGCAGCUUGGGCUGGUGAGAAGCGCCGCACAAGUGGAUGGGGUGCUGGCUGGGGUCGCAAACCAGCCUCCAAGGCUGACAAGGCAAUGGACGACUCGAGUUCAAGCAGUACCAUUGACAAAGACUACCAGAUGAUCAGCGCUCCCGUUUCUCGAGGUGGCAGUUCCGAUGAUGCAACUGCACGUCCAGAGAGGGGUGCAAGUUUCAGCGAGAGUAUCCUCUCGGGUGUCAGUGAGUCAGGCAGCCGGCCGACCUCGGGGAUCAACAACCCUCUUCCAGGCCCGCCAGUGCCCGGAAGGAAGGACGAUGGCUUCCAGACCGAGGGAGUUGUUGGUUCGAAAGAUAAACUGCCAAGCGCAGGCCCUCCUCGCAACGAGAACGGCGUAACGACUAAAGAAUGA